GCGGUCCGUUGCCUGGGCGACGCAGGAGACGCGGUCAUGUCGGAGGGGCUGCUGGCGCUGGCACGGCUGCUAGCCCCGGAGCGCGAGGAGGAAGACGACGACGACGGCCAGGCGGAGGGGCUGGGCUCGACCACGAGCCGCGCCGGGCCAGGGAGCAUCGGAGCCCUGCCGAGAGCCGCAUCCGCUGCGGCCCCUACUCAAGUGAAACCUGGGAUUAGCAAAGAGAUCUGGAGGGCAGAGGAGGUGCCAGAAGGAUCCGAGGCUGAUGACACCUGGGACUCAAGGGAGCAGCCCGAAUAUGAAAUUUUGUUCAAGCAGCACGUGGGGGCCGAGGACAUCUUCCUGGGAAUGAGCAGAAAGGAUCCUUCCACAGCCUGUUGUGAAGAUAUGCUGCCCUACAGCCUGAGCGCGCAGGGCGCCAUGCCCAACUGGAUUACAGGGGCUCUGUGGUACCAGAGCUGUGCCUCUUUACUCUGGAGAAGGAGCCACAGAAGAGGAGCUCUGUUGAGAUCACGGCCUGCUUGGGCACAGAAUGGCCCAUAGCCUGGAACCCUGUCUAGAAUCCACAACCCCCUUGGACACAAGAAAAGCCUGAACACCUUUGCAAGGCCUGAGAGUGGGCAUUUCUGCAGUCUUUGGACUGUGGAGUAACCAAUUAAUGUCUCAUCAUCCCCGUUGCUUUAAAAAGAAGAAGAAGAAUCUUAGUUUAAAUAGAGGUGCCCAGGGGAACACGAUCAGGCAGGCAAAUUAAAGGCAGAGAUUAAUAUACAAGACAGCAAAAAACAAUAAGAGAUUAAAACUGAGGGAGAAGGUUAAUUCUAAUUAGAGACAGGCAAUCCUAUGACAUGCACAGGACCUUAAAGAAAUCUUGGCCAAGGCCAUUAAAGCUGCAGGGAUAGGAAUCCUCAGCUCUGGGACUUCUGGGGUAUAUCCUGAUGUGAGGAUUUCAGCCAUGAGCCCACUGUAAGAAGAGCCCCGCUGUGCUGAAUCAGGCCAAGGCCCCAUCCAGACCAGCAUCCAUUUGGGAAGCUCUCAAGCAGGGGAAAGAGGGCAAUUGUCCCCAGUGCCUGGUACUCAUGGACCUGUCCCUUCUGAUCCUGAUUGACCAAUACAGCUAUCAAGGCUAGUAGAUCUUGAUAGCCCUAUUCUCCAUGAAUUGGUCCAGUCAAGGCACCGGCCCCUGUUUCCAGGGUUAUCUGUACAUACUGCAGGCCUCUCAAGAGCUCAAUUUGAAGGGUGACCUGGCAGCUCCAGAAGGUCCACUCUAGCAGUUUUCAACAGCCUAGGACCCCUUCACAAGAGUUGACCCUUUUAGGAGCAGAUUUGAGAAAAGAGUGGUGCAUGUCUGUAUUGUGAGCAGAAGCCAGUGAUUAUGGCCAUCAUCUGUGGCCAAGAUGGGAACUAUAGAGCAAGUACGCCCUGGGGCAUUAAGUGCACAGGUGAGUGGAUCUUCCUGUCAAUGGCAAGAUUCCCGGAUUGGUGAAGAAUGCCAGAGGAGCCCAUCCAGCUGCCUGCUGGGAGCACUUUCCUCCCCCUGCAAUUAAUAUCCAGAAGCGUCGUCUUACAUGGGGCGUUCUACAGUCCUCCACUAUUGGGGGCUGAUUUUCUUGAUGUUAGAAGAUUAACAUCUGAGUUCUUUAACAACUCCUGGGGAAUGCCUUCUGGGCCUCAGGAUGUGUUUUUUUAAAUUUGCCCAUUAGAUGUUAAACUUCAUCUCUAUUUGACACCGCUCUUUGGACGCCCUCCCCUCUCGCUCCACAAAAGCAGUUUAGGAGCCGAUAUCUGUGCAGCAUCUCCCGCAGUGAAGAUAGCCACAAUAAAUCUACACUGCUUCUCUCCCAUCAAAGCACCUGACAUUGCUUCUACAUUCAGCUACUCUUGGCAGGGAAUUUGGAGGGAGGGUAGAUUGGGCUGUUGCUGCUCUUUCACCUGCGGGUUCCUUCUGUAUCAUCCCCCACUUCACACCCCCAUCACUCCUCCAGGAAUCCUCCAAGGGACCAGACACUGAAAUUCUUCUCUGUUGUACAUAAGAAAGCAGCCCCACCCCCCAGCACAUAAGCCUUCCCAUCCUUCCCUUCAAAUUAGCAGC